CACUGUCCGCUUCCGUGUGUCGGGCGCGCCGCAUCGCCUCCCUGUCGCUCUCAGCUCCCACCUACAAUGACCCCCAGAGAUGUCUGACACCUGGAAGAGAAGGUUUGAGUUCCCCAGUCCCCUUGUUCAGGCUCAGGCAGUGAAGAGCCUGGUUACAGCCGUGCUGAGGGAAAAGGGCCAGAAUGAGGUUCUGCAGCUCUCCACUCAGAGCCCCACCCUGGAGGUGCUCUGGGAGCAGUGUGGAGGCGAAGAGGCGGGGGUGCGCUCGGCCUGCUGUGAUGCGUUGGUGCUACUGGUGGAGCAGGGCCACGCAGACCUGCAACAGGUGCUCAACGGCAUGCUCAACCUUGUACCCUCAGCCAGGAGCGUCCAGGGUCUCCUCAAGGUGCUGGGCAAACUCAUGCGAAUGCAGGCAGAGCGGCAGCGGAAACGGGACGGAGGCCUCUUCACCUGUCCGUACUCCAUCAGGAACCCACCACACCCGUACAUCACGGUCCUGGAGAACCGUCCGGACUGCUGGCCCACCCUCCUGCAGGAGAUUGAUGACUUCAUCCAGCAGGCUGCCAGCAGUGACAAAUCAGACCAUAUCACCUUGCUCAUCCCAUUCCUGCGCUACCUGUACUGCGAGCCACUGCAUCUUCCAGAACACUCAGCAUUGAGGCAAAAUCUGCUGAGAGUGCUCCUGCCUCCCACUGGGCCAGGGAGUGAUAGUACUAGAAGAAACCCCUGGCCCCCCGCCAUGACCUGCUGCCUCAUGCGCUGCCUGUUGGAGCUGGUUCCCCACAUGCAUGUGGACAGUGUCACAGCACUGGUGGAAUUUGGUCAGUUUGUGGAUGCUCUCCUCCCUGCCUUGCUUUCCUCCGAUGGCCACUGGGAGCCUGAGUGUGCCCAGCUGGUCCUGCAGCUUCUGUGCGCUUGUCACCUGGGCCUAGGGCUCACUGGGGAGUGUGGCCCUCUUCUCCGCCUCAUCCAGAAGCUGCUCCCUGCCUGUUCUCAGGGGUUUCCAAUAGAGCAGAUGAUUGUGGGAAUUGCACUGCUACUGAUGAAGGCCCCGCCAUCGCAGCAGGCAGCUAUCCUCACCCUAGCUUCAAAGGUGCUCUCCCUGGAAGGGGAAGCAGAGACGUGCCCCCAGGUGGCCCCUGUCCUGGUUCUGCCCCUCCUACAGAUCCUGUCCUGCACAGUGCUGAUGGAGGCUCUCAUGGACCCCAGCAUCCGGGCCCAAAACCAGCAGCUGGCCCACUCUCUCCUGGAGGCUGUUCAGCGGAGGCCCCGUGACACUCCAGAGGAUUCUGUGCGCCUUACUCUUCCACUCAGUUCCUGGUACUGUGAGGUACUGGUGGCCACCCUUGUUCUGCGGUGCCUGAGCCGUGACCCAGCGGCGGCCCGUGAUUGGCUCCACGCUGCCUGCUCCGUCCUCCCCCUGAACCAGCGUGUACCUGACCACUUUGUGCUCCUUCUGGCCUACCUGGUGAUCGUCAGCCACGGGGACGACUGCAGACUUGCCCUAGACACCACUGCCCUCGUGGCCCAGGCUGACCCUUCCCAGGUCCCCAGCCUCCUUCCUGUGCUUAUGCAGAGGCUGAGUAAGCAGUGUGAUCCAGCCCUGUCCCACGCUGUGCUCUACACCCUGCCCAAGCUGAGCACACACAAGUUCUGUGUUCCCCAGGUGCUGCAAACCCUCCAGAUGCUCGGCAGCUCCCCCAAGCUUCAGGCGGUGGCCCUGCGCCUCAUGAGUGCUUUGUGGCAAAGGCAGGACCGUGUUUACCCUGAGUUGCAGAAGCUCAUGGCCCAGCUGGAGAAGACGUCCACUGUGGUCCUGGGGAAAGAUGACCAGUGGGAGCACAUCCUGGCCCGGGCCGCCUGCAUCCGAGAUGUGUGCAGGGAGAGGCCCUACCAGCACGGGGGGGACAUGCUGGCGGAGAUCACGGAUACCCUGGCGCAGUGUACGGCGGCCGACCAGGCCACACCAGCUGCUCUGGCCCUGCAUGGCCUGCGGGAGUUGUGUCAAGCCGAGGUGGUGGACAUCUGCUCCACGUGGGCGGCGCUGGGGCCCCGGCUCAGCUGCGACUCCAGGCCCCUGGUGGCUAAGGCCCUGGCGGAGCUGCUGGCCUUGGUGCCCAAACUGUCCGUGAAGACAGAAGAAUAUGAGAAAUUCAAAAAUCAAGUGGUGACCAUCCUAUGGGGUCUUGCUGUCAGCAAGGAGCCGAAGGUGGCGUGUGCUGGCUACAGGGCCCUGAGCGAGUUCCCCGAGGCUGUGCACUCUGUCCUGCACCUCCCCGAGCCGGCUAGGCCACCGCCAAAGCUUCCUGAUGAUGAUGAAGAAGAGAUGGAGGAGGAGGAAGAAGAUUUGUCUGUGCCAGGCUCCUCCUACAUCAAGCUUCUGCUCCUCACACCUGCUGCAGUUUUACCAGCUCUGGAGGACUUCCUGACCUCCUUGGUGAGACAAGAGAUGACACAGAUGCCCCGUGGUGUGUAUCACACAGCCCUGAGGGGGAGUGGUCUGCGCUCUGACCAUGGUAAAACUGUGUCUGGCAUCCCGGGCUUUAUGCUGAAGACCUACGAGAAGAACAAGCAGCCCGGUCUCAAAGCUGGCCUUGCUGCCGGCCUGCUGCUCUGCUACGAGCUGCCUGUGCAGAGCGACCGGGAGGGACGACCCAUCAGCCGCUUCCUGGUGAGCCGCGGGCGCAGCUACCAGCAGAUGUUGGCAGCCCUCAUCCACGAGGUGAACAUCCAGCCGUCCGAGUGGCACCGCUCCAUCCUGCUGCCCCAGGCAUGGCAAGGCUUCAUGAGCCGAGCGUUCCACGCUGUCCUCCAGGGGCGCCGGGCAGACCUGGAGAUGCUGCAGAAGAAAGGCAAGGAGAACCCUGAGGAGCUGCAGGGCCAGCAGCACCAUGCCUGGCUCUGGGUCCGGGACCAGCUGACGAAUGUCGUGAAGUCUGCGGCCAAGGACAGCCCCGUGGUCCAGGGCAACUCCAUAUUGGCCCUGAGCGGCCUUGCAGUAGCACUGGCCAAGUAUGAGAGCAGCCUCCCCGUUGAGCCCGAAACUGCUGGAGAGGUGGGUCCAGAGUUCCUCUCCAACAAGCUUUGGAUGACCAUGGUAAUGGAUACCCUGCUGAGUGUGGUGAGCAGCGGUUACCAACCCAAAGGGAGGGUCUUCCCCUGGUUCCAGCAUAGGUCCUACUCUGGGGAGAACACGGCAAGCGCCAUCGCUCGCUCCUGUGCCUGCCUGGGUCUGUCCCUGCUGGCCCCUGUGCUGCUCUCAGCCCACGGGGAUGGAGCUUGUGAGGUCCUGGCCAUGCUGGAACCUGGGCUCCCUGGGGGACAGGCCGCUGAUGAGUCCCAGGCAGUGCAGUUCCACACGGGUCUGGCUGUGGGGCUGUUCCUCUGCUGCUUACAUGGAGAGAGCGAUGGGAACGUCUCAGGACAGAAGAUGAAUGAGCUACUAAUGAGCUCACUGGAGAAGCUGGAAGCCUGUUGCUUUGACAGAAACCUGGAGUACAACACGGGGUGCAUUCUGGGAUUGGGCCUGGUCCUGUCCAGCAUGAGCAGCAGCAGCCGGCUGGAACAGCGGGACCAUGUGGUACGCUUGCUGGAGCAGCUGCUGCAGGAGCUGGAGGACAGCGGGAGUCGGGGCCGCAUGCUCCAGGAGGUACUGGUCUAUGCUGUGGCCUGUGUGGGGGUCUCCACCUUCAGCUCAGGGGUCAUCGACGCCACCAAGGCCGAGGAGAUCAUGAACACCCUGCGGCGCAUGGCUGAGGAGAGCCAGCAGACUCCUGGGUUCGCCUUGGCUCUCGGCCUCUUGAUUCAUGGUCUCUCUGCCAGUGGACAUGGCAAAGCAGAGGACCUUCAUGGACGCCUGCUCGGGGCUUGGAUCAAGAUCCUGCUAGCUGAGGGGUGUCCCACGAUGCAACGCCUGGCUGCAGUCAAUGGGCUGGUGGCACUGGCUGGGUCUGAGAACUCCCUAGUCCAGCUGAAGUCUGAAACAGAGCAGUCUCAGCAGCAUGCCCGGCUCAACGAGGUCAUUAGGGCCAUCACCCAGGUCAUCACUUGCUCCAGCGCAAUUGGGCUGCAGUCCAACGCCUCCUGCCUGCUUGGCCACCUGCACCUGGCCCAAGUGUCUACUAGUCACAGCAGGGCAGCAGUUCCCCCCAACUUUGGCUAUCUGACCGAGAGGAGUGUCAUUAGAGCAGCGGUGGAUUACAUUAUCGAAAUAGGAAGGAAAGGUCCGGAGUUUGCCCACCCUCAACUGGUGAAGGUGGCCCUGGGACCCUUGGCAACUGUGGGCACCAGCUUCCAGUACCCCCCUGUCAACUGGGGUGCAUUUCUCUCACCCUUGAUGAGGCUCAAUUUUGGCGAGGAGGUGCAGCACCACUGUGUCGAGCUGGCUGCCUCCCAGUGCCAGUCUUCCCAGAGUGCCUCUCUCUUCCUGGGCAUGUGGCUGAGCCCACCCCUAGUGCACAGUCUGAGUCUGCGGACAAGGGCCCACUUGUACAGCUCCCUCCCCACCUGGAUGAAGCACGUAGCUAGUGACAAACUGCAGACCUAUGUGGAGGUGCUGGGCGUGCAGCAGUUCAGCCCGGAGAGCCGGCCCCAGCGCAUUACCCUCUGCCUGGCCGUGCUUGAGGGACUGACCCAGGCCAUGGCGCUGCCUGAUCCUUCACAGAACAUCUGGGAUAUUCUGCGCUCGGCCACAAAGGGGAUCUUCACUCUCCUACCUGACUGCAUCCAGGAUGGUGAAGUAGACCUGUAUGUGGGAAUUGUUAAGUGUCUCUCAGAAAUGGGAGAUACAGAGAUUGACAGAAUAACUCAUGUCACAAAGGCCAACUUGGAGAAGGCGGGCUUUGUUUUGGCCUGCCUGAGUUCCCAGGGCCGGGUGCCUCUUCUGGCCCUCAAUGACAUCAUUGCUACUGCUCUCAUGCGGAGUCGACAAGAGGAGGUCAUAUGGAUGCUAAAGCAGAGCUUCUACCAGUCACGCCUGGUCUCAAACCCUAAUACAGGUGUGCUGAAGAGGAUGGAGUGGCUGUUGGAACUAAUGGGCCAUCUUCGCAAUAUUGCUUACGGCACAACACCGGUGAAGAGUGGCGAUCCCAAGCAGGCCACCAACUUCCUGCUGCAAGUGUUCUGUGCUGCUCUGCUCACCUGGGCAGACCACUCCAUGCCCCUGCUCCAGGGUGUCGCCGCCAGCUGGUUCCCUUGGAAGGAGGACUUGGAGAACCCCAGUGUCCUGUACAGACCCCACCUGACCCCAGAGUCACUCCCCAUGCUGGACCUGUUGGUUCUGCCACACACCAUUCAGCAGCUGCUCAGCAAAGAGCCGUGGAAAGGGCAGACGCAGAAGUUCAUUGAGUGGUUCUUCGGCAUAGCAGAGGCUCCCGUGGAGCGACUGUCCCAAACAACCAUCCUGGCUGCCAAAGCUGUGCUCGUUUCCUUACGACACCUGCCGGAAUUCCGGAAGAAGGGCGUGUGGACCCGGGCUUAUGGCUGGUGACGAGAUGCAGAUAUGCCGGGAGCAACUGUUGAACUGCAACCCCACAGACUGCUGGGACAUCACCACUGAAGGUGGUUGAGGGGGCCAUGGAGCGGCAAGGGAUGGAUGGGAGUGUUACGUUUCGCAACCCAUGAGAUUGAACAGUGAUGAAUCAGCACCAUUGCAUUUUUUGCUAUUACUUUUACAAAAUCUUUUCCUCAUGAAGUGGUAACUGUUACAGAUACUUCCAUCUUUCGUCAUUAGUAUUUCAUAAGAGCAGAGCAGCUGUGGUUUUUUUUAAGCCUGAUUUCUUUGCAGCCUUUGAAAUAAAAUGCUUUUGCUCUGGUGUCGUCUCAACAUCUUCUGUGGCAUUACUGUAACAUAGCACCUGAUCCCCUCCUGUGAUCUUUGGUCUUCGUGCUUAAUUUCCUGAUGCUGGAAUCAAAAGUCAAAAAGAACAAGUAAAGCACCAACUCAGCCGCAGCUGGGCAGUAGGACUGGACGGUGUCGUUGCUACAGGUCACUUUAUUGGCACAUUCAUUCCUUCCUUCCCUUACUACUUCAGAUGCCUGAGAGUUAUUUUGAAGUCUACAUUGUGCAUGUAAUUUUGCUGAUCUAGUUGGCGGGAGCUGUACAGAUGAAUGUUUGUCUGCUCCAGCUGAGGUGCUCUCCUGUCCGCUUGCUCGGUGGACGCUCAGAGGCAGCCACUAUUCACUCCAGAUGUUCCCCUCUGGCAUUGUCUGCAGUCCGGAGCGUGACACUACAUAAAAGGAAUGUGCAGACAUCCAAAACACAAACUUCUUUUUGUGUGACAUGUGUGCCUAUGGUAGGGCAGCUUCCUGAAACAGAUAUGGCCUUCAAACCCGCGUUGGGUAAAACAGUCUUGAUAUUCCGUAGUGCCUCCAAAAAGCACCAAGUAACAAUUUCUUCCUCAGGGUUCCUUAUCAAACAGCCUCAGUUUAG